AUGGCGUCGCCCUCCAAGGACGGCAGCCUGCCGCCCUCUCCCCAGCCCGCGAGAACGCCUCGCCGCAGCAGCAGGAGAACUUCCCGGCGGAAAACCGCCGCCUCCGCGGAGCCCCUCACAGAUCUCGACGUGACCCCUCCGAGGAGGCCCAGGCGCGGGACACCCUCCACGUGCAAGACCGCCCCGGGAUCCGCGUCGCGGUCCCUGUUCAGCCCGACCCGCAUCCUGGACCUGCUGCCCAUCGGGGCGCGCACUCGGUCUCGUACGUCAGCGCUGAAGUCGGUGAGCGAGGUGGUGGACGCGCUGGAGGGGGCCGAGCAAAUGGAAAGGAGGAGUGCGGACGCCACUGACUCGGCUGGAGGUUCAGGUAAUCAAUCGCGAGUCUCAAUUGCACCCACUGAAGGCAUUGAGGUGCCCUGCGCUGGGCUGCAAGACUCCCCAGAUGCAUGGCAUGACUGCACAGAAGAAAUGGAGCAGCAGGCAGGAGAGCACGAGCAGGCGGAAGGCACAGAAGAUCUGUCUCAUUUCGCUGGUGAAGAACUGUCCAUGAAAGGACUGGCAGAGGUGGACAGUCCAGAUGUUGGCGAUGUCACAGAAGAAGAUGUUCCACGCUUGUCAGACGUGCCAGGAUUCGAAGGACCAAUGGCAAAGGCUGCAGGCAUGGAUGGCAAUCAGACUGUCACCUGCCGGAAUCUCAGCGAUCUUGAUGGCCAGCUACAUGCCAUUGACGAAACAGCGGAAUUGGUUACCAAAGGCAGUCCUGGAGACAAGGAUCGGCUGUGUGCAGAGAGCAGAUGGGGUUUUGCUCCUGGUGAACAGGACACCAUGCUUCUGGGUCCUGCGAACAAAUGGGGAUUCCUGCCUGGUGCUGAAGACACCAUGCUGAUCAGAGGUCCGCAGACAGGACCGGACCAGACGCCUGUGCUGCAACCCACUGAAAAGACUGGGGAGCACGGUGGCAAUGACCAGGAGGAUUCUAGAGUUGGAGACAAACCGCACACCACCCCCAUGGCCUCUGCACCCUCCAUUGCAGCUGUUGACCUGAAUGCCAAGGCACCAUGUCCUGAUGAUGCAUGUGAUUGUCAAGAUGCACCGUCACCUGACAACUCACCAGCAGGCAGGGAGCCAGGUUUGGCAGAGUGUGAAAACCAUGCUUGUGAUUCUAUCAAUGUUGAAGACCUGAAUAUCGAUGCCUCGCAUGCCACCGAUGCAGGUGGUUGUCAAGAAGUGCCAGCACCUGACAACCCACCAACAGGCAGGGGGCCAACUUUGGCAGAGGAUGAAAAGCAUUCUGCUGAUUCUACCAUGGUCCACAACACGAAUGUCGAGGCCCCUUGUGCCACCGAUGCAGCUGGUUGCCUGGAUGUGCCAUCACCAGACAGCCCAAUAACAGGCAGGGAGCCAAGUUUAGCAGAGCAUGAAAAGGAUUCUGCUGAUUCUGUUGUAGUCGAAGACAUGAAUGUCGAGGGCCCUUGUGCCACCGAUGCAGGUGGUUGUCUGGAUGUGCCGUCACCAGACGACCCAUUAACAGGCAGGGAGCCAAGUUUGGCAGAGAAUGAAAAACGUUCCGCUGAUUCUGUCAAGGUUGAGACGUGCAAAGCCAUGCCAGACGGGGCACAGCAUGAGUUCCAAACCAUGCAGCCCUUCAGUGGUGGUUUGAAGCGGCGUCCAGAAGUCCAGACAACGCUGUUGGAGCUUCAGCAGAGACUAGAGGCCAUGCAAAACAGAGCCAACGCCAAUUAUGCGAGGUUUUGUGAGUCAAGGAAAUAUCAAAGGAUGGCACUGGUGACGCCUGCUGAGAAGGAGAAGAGAAGACAGUGGGAUGGCUGCCUGGACCAAUAUGUGCAUGCACGCAGACAUGCAUCUGAGCACCCUCAGCGCCUGGAGCUGAAGGACAGGAUCUUUCAGGACCCCACCAACCCAAAGGCGUGGAUGGACUUCAUUGCCCAUGAGGAAGCUUUGGAGGGUGCACAGGAGCGCUCGGGGGAGGACUGUGAGAACACUGUCUACAGGGGCCCCACAAUUACAAGCCUGUACACGAGGGCAGUAGUCGUCGUGCCACGUGAGGGCCACUUCGAAGAUGUGGCAUUCUUCAAAUUGUGGCUGGGUCUGGCAAGGCGGCACUGGCUUGCUGGUGAUAUAGAAAGUGCUGGCGCGACCUUUUGUUCGAUGGAGAUGUUGCGCAUUGGCCAAAAGAAUGCACGGUUGUAUGUGGAGUGGGCCACGAUGGUAUACUCUUCAGGCACAGGGAAGGCACCGGUUGCUGAAGGCAUAGUGGAGCGAGGCCUUGCAGCUGGAGCUACGCCCAGAGGGGAACUUGAGAGCUUGCAGGCAAAGCUUCGAGCACACACAGUGCCUGAGUACACUCCAUACCGCAGCACUCCGCACCGUUUAGGCGCAGGGUGUCGUGGGGCGUCAGUUAUCCGGGGAUGA